GUAAGGGGCUACAUCUAUCCCCUUCACAAAACCAUCACAAGCUAGUACUAGACACCGAGACAGCCCUUGGAAGAUCGAUCAGUAGCUACCAAAACCAAUUUCGAUUUUAGCCUCGCUUGAACGCGGACAUUUUCCGAGUUUCUAUUUCUCAUUGAUAGGGAGCAUCUGCCAAACCAGCAGCACGCAAAAUGAAGCAAAAGAUUGUCAUCCAAUUGAGCAUGUCGUGCGACAAACGCCGGUCGAAAGCACUGACGCUGGCCUCCAGAGCAGCCGGGGUGACGUCGAUGGGCAUAACCGGCGACGCCAGGGACCAGCUGGAGGUGGUCGGUGACGGCGUCGACCCGGUGUGCCUCGUCAGCUGCCUCCGCAAGAAACUCGGCCACGCCCACAUCAUCAAGGUAGAGGAAGUGAAGAAGCCGGAGGAGAAGAAGAAGCCGGUGAACCCCCCGCAGUACUACUACUCGCCGGCGCCGGCCGGCUACUACCACCACCAAUACCCGCCGCACAUGGUCGUCUGCGAGGAACAGCCUAGCAACUGCCGGACCAUGUAACUGCCAGAGAACGAUUUUGACGUAGUACUUUAAUUUUGUCAGCAACUAUAGUUGCAUACAUGUACUUGUAAAUUAAUUGGAGGAAGAAAUAAAAAGGAGAAAGAAAUAUAUUUA